CUACCAACGGCUCUAUUCUGAGGCCCAAUUGUGAUCCUAAAAUUUGAAAUUCCGACCUCAUUCCUACUCUCCCUCUGUCUUUUAUGUUCCAGUCCUUGUCCCCUUCCCUCCACCUCGGGUCCCGCGAAUCUUCACCUUUCUCUCUCUCUCCUCUCUCCGUAACCACUAAAUAAAUAAAUAAAAACAAUUCAAAUAAGAAGCUAUUAUCGCCUGAAAUCCCUUCACCCUUCGAUUCAAACUAACCCUUCUCUUUCUCCCUCCGAAUUGAAACGGAAAAAAAAAAAAUGGGCGUUUGUUUCAGCAAGAAGAGGGAGGAGGAGCCUUGUGCUCCUCCAGAUCCAGCUGCAGCUUCAGCUGAGCCCAAGAUCCCAAUUCCAAAAGAGAAGAAGAGCAAGAAGAAGAACGAUGCCAACGCCAACGCCAACGCCAGUGCAGCAGCCAAAGAGGAGACAACACCGAAAGAAGCAAAACCCCCUCCGCAAAUGGAAAAGAAACCAGUCUUCGUUGUCACCCAAACCCCCAAGAAGAAAUCCCCCGCUACUUCUCAAGAGGAGAAAAAGCCCAGUUGUAAGCCCACUAAUCCAGUCGAGCUCAAUAGGAGCAGCUCCUCUGGUAAAGCCUCCGGCGAUACUCUAGCGAGAAAGUAUUCGGGGUCGAAGAGGAGCUUUGAUUUUGAUAAUGAGAAGAGCAGAGACGAAGAAGAUGACUGGGACCAGAAGCAGCAGCACCAGCAGCAGAGCACGAGGUCCUCUCCUCGUAGGAGAACUCCGAGCCGAGAGAGGUCAGGGAGCAGAGAAAGAGGGAGCCAGAGAAGAGUCAGUCGAUCUCCAGGGAGGAGACCAGAAGGCACUGCUGCUGGUGCUGCUGCUUUUUCUUGUGAUAAAACGAAGCAGCAGCAGCAACCGACGAAAAUGGUUUCUGUUCCCGCGAGAGAGAAGGGAGUUGCUGGUGGUGCUGCCAAUGCUACUGCCGCUGUUAAUUGUAGGAGGAAUGCAUCGCCAAGGUCUAGAUCUCCUGCUAAUCCAACCAGAGCUUCGAAUGAGAAUGCAAUGAUGGCUCAGCAGCCUCAGCCGUCGCUUAGCAGGAGCUCGUCGAGGAAACAGGAGCAAUCCCCCUAUAGAAGAAGCCCGAUGGCUGAAGUUGACGAGAACUUGAUCAAGGGAAACAAUAAUGGCGGCGCCAACAAGAGUCAAAAAACCCAACUCCAAACUCAUACCCAGAGAAACUCGAGCAAUCCCGUUGUCACCAACUGCGUUCGCGAUCAGUUGAUGAGCUGCAGAGCAAAGGAGAAGCAGCAAUCAGAGCCCGAAAUAGUUGAAGAACCAAAAGACCCAAAGGGGAACCAUCCAACAGUGACAAGGAGCAGAUCCUCAAGAAGAUCAUCCAGAGAUUUCGACCACAUUCUGGGCCUAAACCCAGAAAACACCCCCUUCUCUCUUCCAGCUUGUGUAUCGAAAGCCUGUUCCAUCCUCGAAGCAGUAGCCGAUCUCAACUCAUCUUCAUCAGAUCAGACCAACAACGAAAAUGGUCGAUUUGGGCAAAGGGGAUUGAAUUCAAAAGACGCAUUUGUGGAAUCUGAGAUGGAAGUGAAGGACGACUUGACAGAACCUAGUCUUCACAAGUAUGUUUCAGGCGAGGAUAUGGAGCCUCAGGAAUCAGCUGGGAGCAAUAGCGUCGGUGGUCAGCCAUGGAUGUCUAAUUGGGAAAUGAAUUCGGUGGAUUCGACUGACAGGUGUUGGACUUCGCAGUCGAACGAGGAAGUGGAGGAUACGUCAAAGGUGGAGGGUAGAGGAUCAACAUUAAGGGGUGGAGGGUCGAGUAGUAAUACCUUUGCAGGGUCGGCUACAGGAUCGAGUAGCAAGAAGAGGGAGGUUGAGCAUCGGCGUCAAGUUCAUCGUGGUCGUGUUAGUGGUGGCAGUGGAAAGGUUGGUGGCAGCGGUAGAGCUUAUUCAGCUCCUGUUGCCGCUGCUGCAAGCUCUUAGAGAGGGAAAAAUGCUACUGAAUUUGUGUCGCAAUUGUUGGGGCUCUUGGUUGUAUUCUGCUUGGUUAGCAAGUUGUUUUGCUUCAAUAGAUGUAGUUGUGUACUUGUUCUUGUGACAAGUUGUUUGUUUUAGAUUCUAAUUGGCAAUAUGACUCUGGAAGAUUGCCUGAAGUUCCUUUGCUCAGUUAAUCUUUGAACAAAAAAGAAUAUGCACUAGAAGCCUGGGUUCAAGCUCCUACUGAUUCGAAAUGCACUUCUUGGGACUUUUGCUC